AUGUUAAUUUCAAAUAUUGAGACAAGCAGAAGCCUGCCAAAUCCCACCCCUUGUUUGAGUUACUGGCAACGAACAACUCGGGCAUAUCCAAAUUUGCAUGCGAACAUCGAUACAACCGUUCCAUCGUACUCAAAGUAUGUCAUUGUGGGAUCCGGUAUUUCUGGCGGUUUGACGGCCUUCAAGCUGAUCGAAGGAGGGGCCAAAGCUGAAGAUAUCGUGAUUCUCGAGGCACGAGAAGCGGCAAGUGGCGCGAGCUCACGAAAUGCCGGACAUGUGCGACCAGAUGCAUUCAGGGGUUUCAGUGCAUAUGCGAAAGUGCAUGGAGAGCAACAAGCAUUAAAGAUCAUCCAGGAUGAGCGACUUGUCCUAGAAAGAGUCGACGCAUUUGUCAAAGAACAUAAUGUGGAAUGCGACUUCAACUUGACAACGACGUUUGAUGUUUGCAUGACCCCAGAAUUUGCUGCUUACGAGGCAGAGAGCCUGGAAGCGUUCAAAAAAGCAGGCGGCGAUACUUCGCACAUCACGUUCUACGAAGGAGACCAGGCCAAGCAAAAGACUAGAGUCCCAGGGGCUAUAGCAGCAUAUGAAUGGCCAGCAGGAUCAAGCCACCCGGCAAAGCUUGCACAAUUUCUGCUUCAGGAAGUGAUAUCCAAGGGUGCAAAGCUCUUCACGUUUUGUCCCGCCACUGAAAUUGAACCGAGUGGCGCAACCCCGGAAACCUGGAAGGUACACACGCUCCGGGGAAUAAUAGAAGCAGAGAAAAUUAUUCAUUGCACGAAUGCCCAUGCGGCCUUAUUACUGCCGCAGUUGGAGGCUUACAUUCGACCAAACCGUGCACAGGCUCACUCCCUCGUACCUGUUCCCGCUUUCUCGGGACAAAAGGCUCUGGAGAGUACUUUCUCGCUCCGCUUCAGCCUCCUCCACUUCUACUCCCUGAUCCAACGUAAGGGAGAUGGUACAUUGGUGUUAGGUGUAUCGCGAACAAACCCAACAUUAAGUCCUGAGACAACGGCUAGUCGAUUCAGCACUGACGAUUCCCGGUAUAAUGAAGAGAUUUCCCAGGACGCUCUGCGGACCUUUGGUGAGAUAUUUCCUGCUUAUUCGUCCCAGGCUGCCAUGCACGGUGAGGGUCUGGAUCAUGCUUGGACUGGAAUAAUUGCCAUGACUACGGACUCUGUUCCGUUUGUCGGGGCGAUUGAGUCCCUUCCUGGGCAGUAUAUUUGUGCCGGAUUCAAUGGUCAUGGUAUGGCCAGGAUAUUUACAUGCGCUCCGGCUGUCGCCCAGCUUGUACUAGGCAAGACCUGGGAUGAGACGGGGCUUCCAGAAUGUUUCCAAUUCAAUGACGAAAGGCUCUCCCGGCUUUCAAAUGGAGAUUUGCCUUCAAUUUGGUAG